ACAAAUGAUAUUUUGCAUGGUUCAAAUAAUAAUAAAAAUGUCAAUUCACAUAAAAGGCUGUUCCUGAACCGGUUGAAUUCGAAGGACUGUCUGAAUCAAGGAUACGUAAUGGAUGGCUAUCCGAAAACCCUUGAACAAGCCAGGAAUCUAUUUCUGAUAGGCGAGGAGAGUUUAGAGGAAACCGAGGAGAAAUUCACGGACGAGAGUGUCGAAGUUAACACGACGAUUCUCCCAGAAUUGAUCGUAGUUCUGGAGGCGAGCGACGAGUUUUUGAAGGAACGAAUUAUAAAUCGUCCAGAGAGAGAAAUACAAAACACCCAUUAUACGGAGGAGCACAUGCUGCGGCGCAUGAGGGAAUACAGGUAUUAAUCACGUAUGCGAGAUAGGAAAAAGAAAUCCCACGGCUUGGAGAUAUCUACGCUCAUAAAAAGAACCGUGGCUUAUUCAUGUCGUGACAGCUGUGACGAGAGAAUCGAUAUUGAAGCUAGCUUCCAAUCCCGACGCAAAUAGGAUUGGAAAACGCAUGGAUAAAGAUCGAGUGUAUUCGCAAUAAAAUGUAAUAACGGGGAAAAAAAAUCCAAUAUAUUGCGGCAGUAAAAAUUGUGCGAUAAUUAAGUUACUUUACGCUGCGCGACACAACUCAAAACUCACGAUUCACUCGAGCAAUUUUAAUACGAUAUAAAAAGAAUUUUAAUUCGAUAUUAAAGAAUUUUUAGCUCAGCGUUUUUUAUAUCAUGUGUAUUAAUAAGACUGUGUACUCGAUAUUUUUUGCAAACUACAUUGUUUAAAUAAUAUAAAUUAUUAUCAAUGCGAAUUGUAUGGGUUUUUCUACAUUGUGCAUUUCGCAAUAACAAACCGGCAAAACUGUGCAAAUACAGUUUUGUACAAAUAAAACUAUUGUACAGCUUGUUGUUUGUUAAAAUGCAAAAGCUUAUUUAUAUAAAAGUUAUCAUGGAUGCAUCACGGAAUGAUGUUUUAGGGAGAGAAAUACGGACGACAAUACGCCUCUACAAUUAUUCGACGAAAUGGAAAUCCACCCACUUGUCAUUUCUGUGGAAACUGACGCUUGUCCGGAUAUGUUUCCUACGAUUUAUCGGUGCCUGGAAAAACUCGGGAAGCCAAGGAAUUACGGUGCGAGAUAAUUUAUGCGCUCUCCUGCGAUUUUAUGUCAUCUCAACUUUUUCCAUACUUCGCGAUAUACGUAUCAACGUCUUCUGUUCGUUUUCAAUAUCGCUGCGCACAUCCAGUUACCUCAAGUUCAUUAUUCCUGUCAUUUCUAAACGGACGAAAAGAUAAAUGCCAUGGGAUGUUGCCUCCCUUUGUUUACAAUAAAAUUGAUUAAAGAGGAUUUAUUCUCUCUAAUAAAGCCGUUGAAUAUCACGAGAUGCAAGCUUCUUUCAAAGUAUAGUCAAGUAAUAAUUUCUGGAACAGUGGCCUUAAUUUUUAAUAUACUUGUAUUUCUCGUUAGCUAAAGGUCAAUCCUUUCGCUGCUGGUCAAUCUUGGUUUGUUUUUUCUUUGUUUGUAUCGCAAUUAUAUCUACACGAUUUACAAAGAGAAAGAGAGAACGUCUAGUCGUGUUCAAUUAGCGUUAACCAACAUCGAAAACUUGUAUCGGCUGGCUUUUGUACCGAUUAAUAAAGUAUCUAAAUUAUUUUUACUAAUUUAAUUGAAAAGAAAAAAACAUUUCGUGAUUAGACUUUUUAUUAAAUUUAUGUUAAGAAGCUCAUUCUUAAUAAUAAUAGUUUUAUUAAAUGUAUUCUUGUCUAAAUUUGUAUGUGUUAUUCUAUUAUAAUUUUAUUUAUCAAACAAUAGUAAUCUCCAAAAUUGUUGAAAUAUUUCUUUUUGUCUAGGACCAACACUCGAAGAAAUGGAAGCUGCACGGAAACGCGCUGAAGCAGAAACACGAGCAGCUAAAGUUGCAGAAAAGUUACGAAAAGAACAAGAAUUUUUGGAACGUAAAAAGCAGCGCGAAGAGAAAAUGAGAGAAUGGGUAUUGUAUUUUCUUUCAGUAUCUAGAAACUAAAUGUUAUAUUUAUGUAACUAAAUAUGUGUUACUUUACUUUGCAUAUUUUAUAAAUAUUUGUCUAAGAUAAUAUUGAAUUAGUGUGACAUGAAUAUUCAAUAAAUUAACACCAAUAAUUGCUUAUAUUAACGUGUUAAUAUUAGAUUUGUCGAUUUGUUUCCCUUAG